AUGUUCACUCUUACUUCCACUACCGUUCUUUUCUCUAUCCUUCUCAAUCUUGCUCAAGCAGCUCCUUUACCUAUGCCAGCUGUUAAGCAAUCCGAACAACUGGCAUCAAGAUUUUAUAACCAUCCCGACUCUAUCUUCUCUCAGCAGACUGCUUGUUGGGACAAUGGUGUCCAAGGUAUUUUGAGGGAUAACACCUGUAUUCUAGCCGCACUUAACGUGGAAGGAAGUCAUUAUACAUCAACACAUCAGCCCAGCUUCGUUCAAGGCCAGCCUUGUACCCUCAACGGUCAACCCGGAUAUUGGCAAGAUGCCGUAUGUAUACUCGCCAAUCUGGAUGUCGAUCUUCACAAGAAGGAUUUUAUCCCUUUCCAAGGUCGAGAAUGCUGGUCGAAUGGUCGAAGAGGAUAUUUCAGACAGGAUGGACUUUGUGAUAUUAUUGACCUCGAUCUUAUUGCCGAUGUGAACAAUGGUAAUAAUCCUUCGGUCCUGAACAACGGUCUCCCUGCUGCUGUACCAUUUGGCGGUAAGCCUUGUUGGGUUAACGGCAACCAAGGCCUCUGGCAAAACGAUCUCUGUGUUCUUGCCGAUCUCGAUCUCGCUAAGCGCUAUAGUACCUCGGGUGGGAUCGUUAGCGAUGUCAUUGACACCUUGACCAGUUAUGAGGAUUGUAUCAACUGUGCUUCUGGCUUCACUAGAACUCAUCAUGCUGUUCUUGCAACAGACAACAUUGUUGAUGCCGAAGCUUUGGUUGAUGUGAAUCGACUACAUAAUGCCCCUUACAAGAGAAACGGUCUCUUACACAACGCUCCUGAUGGUAACGAGCUUGAUGGCGCCACGAGAACCGUUACCCAAUUACUCGAUCAUACAAUCACGAAAAGAGGUUUACUUGGAUUAAACGACCUUCCCGUCGUCAGCCAAGGAAAUACAUACUAUCCCAACGGUUAUGUUCAACCUGUUCCUGUAGUCGACCAUACCAUCGCCGAUAUUACUGCCGAAGUCAAUGUCGAUGAAGGUGAUGAACCUUAUUACGGUCGAAACCACCCUCAUACCCUCAACAAUAACCUUUUAGGUCUCAAGAGAGAUGUUUUAGGUGGUAACGAUAACACUCUCAACAUUCUUUCUACUCUUGGAGACGUUCUUGAAUCUCAUCGUAAAUAUCCUUCUGACGAGUACGUUCAAACCCCUAAUGGAAAUAUCAUUCCUUUCGAUGGGGCUUCCGGUGUCUUGGCACAAGUCGAAGCUACCGUGGAUGUCGAUGGUGUCAACAACAACAAAUUUGGUUCUGUAUAUCCCACUCACAGUCGGGGUGGAUUGCUUGGACGAAACCUUGGUGGAUUAAGCGGUGUUGAUGGUUUAGGAUUGAACAAAGACGGUUCAUUCCCUGAAGGUUUAAAUGCCGUCCCCGUUGUGGGGGACCUGUUGGGCGCUGGAAAAGGUGAUGGUGCUCUUGAAGGUCUCGGUAAAGGUUCAAAUGGUCUUUCUCAUAUCUUGUAG